AAGGCUUCGCCGCACCUGUUUUGCUUAACCCUUGACCCGUUCUCUUCCAGUGUUUAUGAGUAAAAGUUAGAGCGAAACAAUAGAAUCUGAAGAAACAACUAAUGACGACGGUAAAUUGUAAAUGACAUAACGAAAUCUUAAUUUAUAUUUGAAUCUUUUUAGCGACCUUUACAGCAUCGAGGUCGCCGGGUUUUACGAAUGAGAGAGAGAGAGAGUGAAAGAGAGAUAGAUAGAUAGAGAGAGAGAAUGACGAAGAGGUACGGACAUCGAGGUGUGUUGCACGGAGAGUAACGAAGCCAGAUACGGAGAGUGACGAAUAACUGAGAAAUUGGCAGACGACCGUAAUGGCAAAUUCAAAGUCUCGGGAGUGACAACAAGUGAAAUAUGGUGAGCUAGAAUUGCUCUAAGAACAUAGAAAUUCCUGUGGUAUUCUGCGACUUCUUCUCAGUCUCAGUGACCAAAGUACAACCACUGUUACUGCCAGUACGAUGACUCUCAGUAUUAUUGUUGCUACAUUAACUUUGUAGAGGGCACGCACCUGCUGUAACGCCAUCACCAACAUCAACGCCAAUUAUAGCAGUAAUUAAAUCGGUAACAACAACUCUAAAGCUCAGAAGCACAAACAACAACGACCAUUGCAUAAAAGAAACACUUCGGCGCCAUUAGCAUCGCAGUUAAUACCAAUAUCGACAUCAUCGCGAGCAAAGCCCACGUGUAGGACCUCGGGUAACAACGGCGACGGACACUAAAGAUUAUUUAAGGCGUCCCAGAUGCCAGUGGAGUUUUAGGAGAGCAACAGAUACACCAUUGCCACGACGAAUAUCAAUACCUCGGCAAACCCCGCUACUAACAACAACAUCCACCACCACCACCACCACAACAACAAGAGCAGCAACAACAAUAAUAAAGUGAAAAAGUUUAAAAGAAAAAGAAUGAGUGUUGUCAAAUGGUGUCGGCUGGCUCACUUUUUCAACAGACAUCUCUUCCGUUCACCUGGGAAAGCUCGAAACCUCAACCUGCCUGUUUCACCGUUGAAUGUCGACCUUAGAUCUCAGCACCACCACCAUCACUACCAACGCCAUCAUCAUCAUCAACAUCAUCGAUGCCAUUACCAACAGCAACAACAACUAUUUAUAGCCCCAAGUCGAUGGCAGAAAUAUGUUCUUAGUACCAAAGCAGUACCAACGCCACUACGGGCCACCGUCGUUCCCAAACAAACUGCCUUUGCUUUCUCAACAGGUCGUCACGGAUCAGGGGUUGUCGGCCAAUUCGGUCCGCGUAUGGUGACCACCAGCCAACAGCCAUCGGUGAGAAAACUGGACGUAGUUCAUUUCCACACGAGCGGCCCUCGUUAUGUGCCGCCUGUCAUUUGGAUGUUCGUUAAGCCUGUGGCCAAAAUCACCGCAUUACUGGGCGGAAGGAGGCUGCGACUGUGGUGGAGAUCCUUGCCCCACCAAAAGAAGAAACAAGUGCAAAGUGAGAUUCUCAGUUCCUGGCAGAAAUACCUUCUGGCUGCUGGACUUGGUGUCAUGGCACUAAUCACCUAUUAUUCGGCGCAUCUUCAGGAAACACCCAUCACGAAACGGAUUCGCUUUAUUGCUUUUACAGAUGAUCAGUUCAUGAAGAUUGCCAACUUUGAAGCCAAACUGCAACAAAGUUCCUAUCAAGACCUUUUUUUACCUGCCUCACACCCUUCCUACAAGAGGAUCAUUAGAAUUCUAGAAAAUCUGGUGCGCAGCAAUCACAAUGUUUUCAAAAUGAAAGAUCGAAAAUGGAAAGUUGCCAUUAUCAGUUCUGUGGAUUCUAAUGCCUUUGUUCUCCCGACAGGCCAUGUCUAUGUCCACGAAGGACUCUUGAACAUGGUGGCUAACGAUGACCAACUGGCUGUUAUUCUGGCCCAUGAAUUGGCCCAUGUUGUUCUGGGACAUUCAGCAGAGAAAGUGAGUUAUGCUCAGAUCAUCGAUAUCUUUGUCAUUAUUGUAAUGGCAGCAAUUUGGACAUUCUUACCAUUUGAUGGCAUCGCCCUUGUGACACAGGCAUUUUACGAGAAAGUGGUUCAGAUUCUCCUUGAUUUACCCUACAGCAGGAAAUUAGAGACUGAAGCUGAUGUUGUUGGCCUCAAAUUGGCUGCAAAGGCCUGUUACGAUAUCAGGGAAGGAAGCAAUUUCUGGAAGCAUAUGGAAAUAAACGACAAGCUGAAUCAAGUGACCUCACCCCAGUGGUUGUCCACUCAUCCCCUCCACUCGCAGCGGAGUCAGCUGAUUGACCACUUGGUCCCAAAGGCUAUAGAAGUGCGUGACCAAUGUGGAUGCCCACCUUUGCCCAGCGUUGAUCCAAGAGAGAAGUUUAAGAAGUUUGAGGAAGCAAUGGAAAAUAUUAUAAGAAGCCAACAAACUGGACAGAAUUUGCAACAAAUCAAAGUUUUACAAUUUUUACAAUAAAGUAUAUUUUUAUGAAA